UGCUGGAGGACAGGCGGCGGCGGCGGUGGAUCGGCUCGUUGUUGCGGUCGGACGGAGAGUUUUGCGUCUCCUCGGUGCGCUCUCUUCUCGUGCGCUCCUGCAAGCGGAGGAAUUUGGGGACUGAACAUGGGGUCAUCAUCACCAUCACCAUCAUCUUCAGCAUCAGCAUCAGCACCAGCACCGCACUUUACUUUGUUCGCGGCAGCGCCGGAUCACGACGACAGCGCACUAAAAUAAAAAACUCCGUGGCUUUUGUCGUCGAUUUCCUUUCCUGGAAACUUUUCUUAUUUCUUUCCCCUCAAUUAUUUAUCGCAAAGCGUGUGGAAUGGAGGUUCCAACUUUCUUCCUGUCGUGUCUUGCUCUGCUCUUCGUUGGAGGCGAUAUUUUCACCAGGGCCAUGCUGAGUGACAUUGGGGACUAUGUAGGUACAGACAUUGAAAUAUCCUGGUUACCUAAUCUGGAUGAGUUAAUGAAGGGCUAUGCCAGAAAUUUUCGCCCUGGGAUAGGAGGUCCACCAGUGAACGUGUCCAUGGCUAUCGAAGUGGCCAGCAUUGACCACAUCUCUGAAGCCAACAUGGAAUACACCAUGACCGUGUUCCUGCGGCAGAGCUGGCACGAUGACCGCCUGUCCUACAAUCACACCAACAAGACGCUGGGGUUGGACAGCCGAUUCGUGGACAAGCUGUGGCUGCCCGACACUUUCAUCGUCAACGCCAAAUCUGCUUGGUUCCACGAUGUCACUGUGGAGAACAAGUUGAUCCGCCUGCAGCCCAACGGAGUCAUUCUAUACAGCAGCCGAAUCACUUCGACAGUGGCAUGUGAUAUGGACCUGACCAAGUAUCCCAUGGAUGAACAGGAGUGUAUGCUGGACCUGGAAAGCUAUGGUUACUCCUCAGAGGACAUUGUGUAUCACUGGUCGGAUAGUCAGAAACACAUCCAUGGCCUGGACAAACUAGAGCUCUCCCAGUUCACCAUCACAGACUAUCGGUUCGUCACUGAGAUGAUGAACUUCAAAUCUGCGGGGCGAUUUCCGAGGCUCAGUCUUCGCUUCGAGCUGAGACGAAAUCGAGGUGUCUACAUCAUCCAGUCAUACAUGCCUUCGAUAUUACUCGUUGCCAUGUCCUGGGUGUCCUUUUGGAUCAGCCAAUCAGCAGUACCUGCUCGUGUGUCCUUAGGGAUCACAACUGUUCUCACCAUGACCACACUGAUGGUAAGCGCCCGCUCCUCCCUGCCUCGAGCAUCCGCCAUAAAGGCCUUAGACGUCUACUUCUGGAUCUGUUAUGUGUUUGUGUUUGCGGCUCUCAUUGAGUACGCCUUCGCUCACUACAACGCUGACUACCGACUCAAAGAGAAGGCCAAGGUGAAGGCCAACAAGCUCAGCUCUGAGUCCAUUGUAAAGAACGGCAAACAAGCUAUGGUUCUGUUUUCCUUGUCGGUCACCGGCAUGAACCAGAGCGUGAUGAUUUCCAACCGCCAGGGGCGGGCCCAACGCUCCAGCACUGAAAUCCCUGGGGAGGGUGGCAGCGAGGAGGCUGAGCCCAGAAGAAGAAGGUCUAGGCAGCCGGAAGAGAACAAGGAGGAGAAGAAGUGCUGUUCCAAGUGCGUCUGCAAGCCCAUUGAUGCCGACACCAUCGACAUCUACGCCAGGGCCGUGUUCCCUUUCACUUUCGCUGUGGUGAAUGUGAUCUACUGGGUGGCGUACACCAUGUGAGAAUGGAGGCAACAGAUCUGUGCGAAUGGCUGCCAUCCAGGGCUGUAUAUAAGAAACUCCUGGAGCUGUGCCACUUCAGUGCUGGCAGACUGGUGCAGCUGAAACAGCAGGCCUCAGAGGGGAAAAAAAAAACCUUCAGAAGAAAUGAAGUGUCACAGCCUGUGAAUAUGGAAAUAUGGUAAUUAAUGGAAGUAGUUAUGAGUUUAGAAAGUGUUAACAGGACUUCAUAUAUUUAAAUACAAAUACAGAAAUGUAUUGUAUAAAGGCAAGGGACUGUGUUGCCUGUUGGAGGUUCACAUACACAGUAAAUACAGUUUUAACAAACAUCCUGUUAUAUGAACUCAACACAGGACACUAUGACAAAUCAUCCUGCUUGAAUACCUGCAGUAAUGACCACAAGCUCACAUCUUGCAAACACAAAUAAGCAUAGUUAACUUAACUAACUCAAAGCCACAAUCUGGAGUGAACCGCCUGUUAUCUCAAAAAGCAAAAGUGCCGCCCAAACUAGAGGAUAACAAGAUGAGGUGUACUACUAUUCUGCAUGGCUGAUAACUCACUCACCCUCUUCCCUCGCCAGCGCCACCCCCCCUCUUCCUCUCUCUCCUUUGGUCCUCCACCUAUUUUUUUUUUUCAAUUCAUUUUUCGUUUGGGACACCGUCUGGAGUGUCUUAUCUCCUUCUGCCAGUUCUGCCUGUUUCCUCACCAUUAAAGGACUUC